GCUACUGUAGCACUACAAUCUCACCACCACCAACAGCACCAACCGCGUUAACGUGUUCUCCAUGUUCGACGACCUGUUGUUACACCGGCACACACAACCUUCACCUCCACUCACCACUUCAACACCAAGACCCCAUCCGGCGAUACUCAGCCAUUUUGCUAUAGCCGUUACGUGACAUGACAUUAUCCCCAUAGUCUGGAAUUGAAACAUCGAGACAGCGCCGCUUCUCCGCUUUUGGUUCACUCAUCUUCAGCCCUACCGACCUUGGUCAACCUCCUCAGCUCCAAUCACCAUGGACGCCGAUCUAGACCCACUAUGGCAGGAUUUGGACUGGGCCAUAGGCCAAAUGUUAAUCAUGGGAUGGGACGGCACCGAAGUGACCCCCCAAAUCCGUGAACUCAUAGCAGACCACCACUUGGGCUCCAUCCUCCUAACAGCCAAGAACCUAAAAUCCGCCCACCAAACAGCAAAGCUCGUCCAAGAGCUCCAAACCAUCGCUCACCAAUCCGGCCACCCCCAACCCCUCCUCAUCGCCCUCGACCAAGAAAACGGCGGCGUCAACUCCCUCUUCGACGAAGAACACAUCUGCCAAUUCCCCUCCUCCAUGGGCCAAGCAGCAGCCGGCUCCCCGGACCUCUCCUACCAACUAGCCAAAGCAACAGCAACCGAAGUCUCCGCCUGCGGCGUCAACCUGAUCCUGGGCCCCGUUCUCGACGUCCUCACCAACGCGCGCUACCAACCUUUGGGAGUCCGCGCAACGAGCGAUGAUCCGCAGGAAGUCUCGCAGUAUGGCAUUGCCGCCAUGAAGGGGUAUAAAGACGCCGGCGUGGCUACAUGCGGCAAACAUUUCCCGAGUUAUGGGAAUCUGGAUUUUUUGGGGAGUAGUCUGGAUAUACCCAUCAUCACGCAAACCCUCGAAGAACUAGCUUUGUCAGCGCUGGUGCCGUUCCGGAACGCGAUUGCCACGGGCAAACUGGAUGCCAUGUUCGUGGGCGGGUGCGGGAUCGCGAAUCCGAGCAUGAAAGUGGCGCAUGCGUGUUUGAGCGAGCAAGUGAUUGAUGAGUUACUUCGCGAAGAGCUGGGGUUCACCGGGGUAGCGAUAUCGGAGUGUUUGGAGAUGGAAGCGCUUCGUACCGAGAUGGGGGUGAGGACGGGGACGAUCAUGGCUGUGCAGGCGGGUUGUGAUUUGGUGCUGUUGUGUAGGGCGUAUGAUGUCCAGCUGGAGGCAAUUUCGGGGUUGAAGUUGGGGUUGGAGAAUGAGGUGUUGACGAAAGAGAGGAUUUAUACGAGUCUGAGAAGGGUGUUGAAGAUGAAGAGGGGGUGUACGGAUUGGGCGAAGGCGCUGAAUCCGCCGGGGAUUUCGCUGCUGAAGCAGAUCCAUCCGAGUCACCUGGCGUUGAGCAUGAAGGCGUAUGAUGACUCGAUUACGGUGAUGAGGGAUAACGAGAAGCUGUUGCCGCUGAAUGAGAGCAUGCAUCAGGAGGAGGAACUGCUGCUCUUGACGCCGCUGGUUAAGCCGUUGCCGGCGUCGGCGAUGACGAAGACUAUUCUUGAGAGUUCGUCCAAGGUCAAGUCGGAGAAUCCGAUUCAUGAUAAAUGGAUACAUAGGGAGCGGAGUGCUAUCAUGAGUGGUGAGGGAGUGUUUAGAGAACUUGGAAGAUCUCUGGCUCGUGCUAGGCAUGGGAAGUUGCUUCACACCUCUUAUACCGCCAACGGUGUGCGGCCAGUUCACGAAUCCCUCAUCCAACGCGCCUCAACCAUCAUCCUCCUCACCGCCGACGCCAACAGGAACCUCUACCAAGCCGGCUUCACCAAGCACGUAGCAAUGAUGUGUUCCCUGCUCAAAGCCUCCGGCCACAAAAAGAACCUCGUCGUCAUAGCCGUCUCCUCCCCCUACGACUUCGCCAUGGACAAAUCCAUCGGGACCUACAUCUGCACCUUCGACUUCACCGAAACCGCCAUGUCCGCCUUGGUCCGCGCCUUAUUCGGCGCUUUCACCCCCCACGGCACACUACCCGGUACUCUCCGAAAAGCACCGCGCAAGGCAGUGCAAAGCUCAGCGGGAGGCAAAUCCAAGACCCGAACGCAGCACUGGCUCGUCGAGCCCUACGACGUCGAAAGAGACACCAAGGGACUGCAAGAUCUGCUCUUCGCCAUGGUCCGGGGCAGCGCUCCCAAUCAUCAGCACUUUUACGCCUUCGGCCCGCAAUCGUUCUCGCUGUUGUCUCAACCUUUCAUGCCAGACAUGGUGGAAAAACACGAAAUGGAAGAGCAGCACUUUGUCGUCCGCAACUCCUCGACCGGCGCCUUGUACGGAUUCUGUUCCACUUAUUACCUCCCCUCCACGUCCACGGGAGUCAUAGGCGCCAUCUUCGUCGACCCGUCCAAGCGCAACGUUUCGAUCGGGUACUCCCUCCAUCGCCGAGCCGUGAGGAACCUCCUUCAGAAACACCCAGACAUUAAGCAACUUCAGCUGGGGUGCUGUCUACCGGGUAUCUUCCCCGGCAUCCCGCUCGACAAUUCCGACACCCUUUCCAUGUCCUCAGCUAUAACCCCCGGCUCCACCACUUCCACCACCCCCUCAGCAGCAGCUGCCUCCUCCGGCCUGAAAUCCUGGUUUUCCAGCACCUGCGGCUGGGACGUUUCUCCCUCCUCUUCUUCUUCUUCAUCUUCAUCCUCAUCCUCCACCGGCGGGGGGCGCACCAGUUUGCGCAAAAUCUUCAACCUCCUCCUCCCCUCUCUCCAAACGUGGUCAUCACCUCCAGACCUCCCCACCACCCUCCAGCUUGCCGGCGUCUCCUUCGACCUCAUCCACGGCCAAGGCCGCACCCAUGCAACCCCGACUACCCCAGAACAGGAAUCCGUCCUCGCUUUUGUAUCUGCCCAUUCAAGUUCCUCCCCCGAGAUCCUCCAACUCUACCGCCUAGCUCUCCUAUCUUCCAAACCCCAGCACAACACAUGGAUCAUCCGCGCCAAGAUCCAAGCCCAAGCCCCGGGGACUCCUCAAGAAGAACAACUGGUAGGCACCGUAGUAAUCAGCAGCGACCUGGGGCGGUACUUCCAUGUCCCUUCUCUACCGUCGGCGACGUCUAGUGGCAGUGGUGGGAUGGAGUUCACGACGGGGGGGAUCAUUGCGCCUGUGGUGUCGUCGUCAUCCAUGUCAUCCAUGACGAUGAUGGGGCAACAGCAAGCAAACGCAAACUUGGUGUUGCAGGGCUUGGUGAUGUUGGGGUUGAGACAGAAUAAGAGGGAUAAGAUGGCUUGUUGCGUUUUGAGUUGGGUGAGCAAUGGCGGUGGCAGUGGCUCUGCGGAUGGAGAUCUUGGCCAGGGCCAGGGCCAGGGGAAUAGUGUGGAAACGUUGUUGGGCAUGGGAUUUGAGGUUCAGCAGGUUUGGGAAGAGGUGGUUAAUGGGGUUGAGCAGUUUGCUUCGCUUGCUUAAGCCGGUUUCCCUCAGCUUGGAUAUGAUUCAUGACAUGGUUCUCUGCUAUUCAGGUACGAUGUCAACGCAAUGUGUUGGUAUUGGAGAUGACUUGAUCUUGGGCCUCGUUUUUGUUGCUAGUUAUUUUGACAAAUUGAGCGGGUGUACUUCCUGCGAUAUACGAUUCGAUUUCCUUUACUUAGCCACCUAGCCCUGAAGAUUCUAAGCGGAUCUCUUUACUUCUUAGGUAUAG